AUGUUUACCUAUAACAGCGGAAAGUACCUCGAGGGACUCUCGACAUUAGCAAGGCUCACUAAUGCUUCAAAGUGGCAUGACCAACUUAUUGAAACCGCCAAUGCAGCAAUCAAAGCCCGAGCUUGGCAAGGUGAUGACGGUAUUAUCACUGAGGGACAAGGAGGCGACCUCAACAAGAACGAUGACGCCCGAGGUUUCAAGGCUGUCUUCAUUCGUGCUUUGCACAAGCUCUUCCACGAUACCAACAACCGCGACUUGCAAAUCUUGAUUCAUAGUUACGUUGACGUACAGUACAACGCACUUCUUGACCUUUCCUCCAACGGUACAUCCUACGGUGUAGUUUGGCAUGGCCCCUACAAUGGCCCAACGCCAUGGGGUCAAAACGCUGCGCUAGAUGUGUUGGUUUCUGCGAUUGGAGCCAACUAG